AGCGGCCGCGGCUCGCGGGGCUGGGAAGCAGGUGGCGCCGCCUCGCCUUCCGCGGGCGGUCGCGUUCGGGGUCUCGCCAGUGCCCCCGGCCGGUGUUGAGCCUCGGGCAGCGGCGGGGCCGUUUACUCGCCGAGGCCGGCGUGUCCCGGCAGUUCCUCCGCGUUCUCUCUAGCUAAGCCGGCCCGCCCUGGGGAACGCGGGGCUGAAGUCGCCUUUCCGACCCGCGCAGGUGAUCGCUGCGGGCGGCCCCGGGAGAAGGUGAGGCCGGCGGCCCCGCGAGGAGCGCCAGAGACCCCAGGCCAGAAGCUCGAUCCAGACACCGCCCGCACCGCCGGAGGACUUUACAUAGCAUUUUAGCAUAGCAAAAUGAAAUGCAAGGAACCAACAGUGACAUAACUGAAGAUCACAAAACCAAAAUAAAAUAGGAUCACUGGUCAGGAAGACUCUGGAGACCUCUCUCAGGUGCCAUACCUGAAAGAUCAUACCCAGCAGGGAUGGAAAAUAAAGUGAAGCAGUAUUUUAUCACGUGUAUUUCAGCAGGUCUUCUUGAAAUUUAAAAAUAUGACACCUUUUUCUUCAGACAACUGCUCUUUUCAGUACCAGUUACAUCAAACAAAUCAGCCUCUAGAUGCUACUUGUCUGUUGUUUUUGAUCAUACUUGGGAAAAUAUUACUAAAUAUCCUCACACUAGGAAUGAGAAGGAAAAAUACCUGUCAAAAUUUUAUGGAAUGUUUUUGUGUUUCAUUAGCAUUUGUUGAUUUUUUAUUUUUGGUAAACAUUUCCAUUAUAUCCUAUUUCAGGGAUUUUGUUCUUUUAGGUAUUAGGUUUACUAAGUACCAUAUCUGCCUAUUUGCUCAAAUUAUUUCCUUUACUUACGGCUUUUUGCAUUAUCCAGUCUUCUUGGUAUCUUGUGUAGAUUAUUGCCUGAAUUUCUCUAAACUCACCAAGCUUUCAUCUAAAUGUCAGAAGUCAUUUUAUUUCUUUGCAGUAAUUUUAAUGUGGGUUUCAGUCUUUGCUUAUGUUUUGGGAGAUCCAGCUAUCUACCAACACCUAAAGGCACAGAAUAUUUAUUCUUACCAAUGUCCUGUCUAUGUCAGCAUUCAGAGUUACUGCCUGUCACUUUCCAUGAUGCUAAUUUUAUUUAUGGCUUUUAUCACCUCUUGGUCAGAAGUUAUUACCUUGGUACAGGCCAUUCAAGUAACUUCCUAUAGGAAUGAAACUGUCUUAUACUUUCCUUCUUCAUCCCUCCCUAGUUACACUGUAAACUCUAAAAAAACACUCUUGCCCAAGCUCACUGUCUGUUUUCUUGGUACCUGGCUACCAUUUGUACUGCUUCAGGUAUUCAUUCUUUUACUUAAAGUACAGAUUCCUGCAUAUAUCGAGAUGAACAUUCCCUGGCUGUACUUUGUCAAUAGUUUUCUCAUUGCCACCAUUUACUGGUUUAAUUGUCACAAGCUUUAUUUAAGAGGUACCUCAUUACCCAUAGAUCCAUUUGUCGACUGGAAAUGCUGCUUCAUUCCACUUACAAUGCAUAAUAUUGAGCAAACUGAAAAGCCUAUAUCAGUAAUAAUUUGUUAAUAUGUUGCCAUCUUAAAACUAAACCAAUUAUAAUAAAAAUCAUAAUCUUACAAGAAAUAAUGGUGACUCAGGACAUACCAAAAAAUGGGACUAAGCUCUUUUUUCCCCUAACCUUUUAUACUUUUCCAGCAUACUUUUGGGGCUAUGAUAUAAUUUAUUAAAUAGUGUUUUCUUUUAAAGAGAGGCAAAGAAGCUUUUAUGCCUGUUCAGAAACACUGAAUAUUAAUUUGUUACUAACACAAAAGUGAACUGAUUUCACCAUACUCAUGUUUUUGUUGCCUAAAAUCCUGAAUGUAAAAAUCUGAGAUUUCAUCGCCAACUUUAAAAUGUGAACUCAAGUAUUUUAUCACAUUUAGAAAAAAAAUAAAAACCCUUUUCUUAAAAUGGUA